GUCGCAGCCUUUUGCAAGCAUGUUAUACCGGACAAAGCCAUGUUCACCCCAUUCCAGGUUGACCUCACUCUCAGUACUUUCACCCCCGCGUCCUCUCCACCCCGCCGCAAUGAUUCAACCUUCACGCGGUCUUCCUCUUUCCGUCUUACUAGUUUCCUAUCGCGGAAAAACUCCCUAGCCUCUAGUCCAGCUUCGGGCACUUCUGACGUUGCUGGUCCACGGAUCCAACCACGUGAAUCGACAGACAGUGGACCUGGAACAGCCGGCUAUGUAGAUGCCUAUAAAGUCGGUGUGAAUCUUUACCAAAUGACCCAUCUACUAACGAAAUUCCUAGAUGAGGCCCCUGUCCAAUGGAAUGAUUCGUGA